AUGGAUCAAAAAGAGACUUAUACAAUCAUCUAUCAAAAUAAAUCGAUCCCUGUUAACAAGGAGUAUAUAUCUCUUCAGUCAAAGGUUUUCCGCCGUUUGAUUAAGGAAAAUCCUAAGACUCUUCGUUUAAAUGGAGGAUAUCCAUUUGAUUCAUUCAACCAAUUCCUUAGAGCCAUUCAAGGUAUGGAGUUUAACACGACAGUAGAAAACUGUGACGAUAUUAUUAAGAUCGCGCAAGAAUAUCAAAUCAAAAAUCUCGUUACAUUGAUGGAGCAAGAAAGAGAACGCCUUUUCGCACCAGAAAACAUUCUUUUGCUUGCUAUUCAGUCUAACAGAGAGCACAAAUCAGUCUUGCCUUACAUCCCAUUCUUGGCCCAAAAUAUUUCCCAAAUGGUCAAGAUUCCGACAUUCGCUUUGUUGCCAGUGAAGCUCAUUGACCAAAUCUUCUCCCAUGAUGACUGCCAUCCAGACAACCAAGGCGAUCUUAUUCGAUUUUUCGAAGCUUUACUCGAUUUCAAGCAGAAAGAAGACCCCUCAAUCCUCUUCAAUCACAUUGAUUUCGGUAAAGUCAGCUUCGAAGAAAUGGAUCAUUUCUUGAACAUUCCGAAAUUGAAUAAAAAAGCAGUAAUCCAGAAGGUUGCGAACGCAUCCCUUGUCCUGAUGGAUAUUAUCCGCAGUGAAGAGGAAGGAAAUAAGGAUACAAUCGGAAAAACCCAAGAAAUAGUCGAUGACCUCAAAUAUCAAAUCGAUUACAUUACAAAGGCUCAAGAGAAGAUUGUCAAGCACCAGCAGUCUGCUACAAGACGCUUAGAAUCCGCAAAAGAAGACGUUGCAAAGUCAAUUGCUUAUAUGCGCAAAGUCGAAGCAAAAUUACGCCAAACAUGCACUAGGUCAUCAAUUCCUGGCAUGCCAAAGCUCCAGCCUGUCCCUCCACAUCGUCCUAAUAUCUUUAUUGAGUGGUGCCAAAAUGGAUUUUCCGAAGACGGUCCAUCGAAGAGGCCACCGCCACCAAAGAAGACAAAGACAAUCUCAAAGAACGUUUACGUUACAUCACAAAUCAAAAUCGAAGCUCCAGCCGUCAAAAUCCGAAGUUAUGCAGAACACCUCGGCAAUUCUACAUAUUCUACAGCUCCCUCUACUGGCUUCAGGAUGAGCGGACAGAGCUUCGGCUCCAAGAUGAAUCUCGACAACGUCAAAGUUGAGAUGCCAAAUGAUCGUCCUCCGAUUAAGAUCGAGAGAAGGACCACAGCCAAGGCCGUCUUGGAAACAGGUGGAAUCAAGAUCGAAAAGCCAGUCAGACUUGAAACUACGUUCAAGGUUCCAGAUGUUAACGAGGUUUCUUCUUCUUCAAGCAAUCCUGAGAUUUCGCAGUCUUCAAAGCACGAAAUCAAGAUUGAAUAUCCUUCAAGAAAGAACGAAUAA